CCUCCUAGAUUUUCUUUGCCUGCCAAAUGAACACGAAACGCCCGUCAUCUAUUGCGGCGCUGCCUACGUAGGAAUAAGAAUUUUUGUACUUGGCCUUUGAAAUUGGCAAUUUUAGUGUUUGCUACUAAUUUUAAAGGUUAUGCCUUGUAUUGGAGUAGUUGCCUGCUGAAUGACGGCGUCACUUACGUAGGGUUAAUCAUAAUUACGUUUACGUCUUUUUACGUUAUUUUUGUUGCAUUUAAGCGCCAAAAACGUAAGAAACUUAUUUGAAGACACACCUACUUAGGUAGCGUCAUUACCAUAGUACCGACGAAGGCCGCUUUUUAUGUGACCAUCGAUAAUCCGGCAGGCAAGAGAAAUAUAGGAGGCUAUGGUGGGGAACUUGUUUACAACUAUUCAUCUAUAGCCAUGAAAUGUUGUUUCGCUUUCAUCGUUUGAGUUUCGGUAUGAAGUUGGCCGAGCCAUGGACCCGUUGGGCUCGCCGUUGGACAUUGUAGACGUUGCGGUCCUGAAACGAUGGCAGCAAAUUGCCCCUCGAGAGCCGGUCCUUACAGAAGAAGACAAAACUGGUGCCCAAAACAGCUGCUACCGAGAGAACACGCCGUUUCCUAUCGACGAAGAGCUGAAUCGAAAAAUUGCUCUUUGGGUCGGCGACUUGACCAGCUUGAAUGCCCACGCCAUUGUCAACUCUACGAACGAAAAUCUGACUGACAGAAGUCCCCUUAGUCAAAGGCUCGUAGCGAGGGCCGGACCCCAGAUGAGGCAGGAUAUGCUCAGCGAAAUUCAGUCAUGCCGCACCGGAGAAGCCAAAUUGAGCAAGGGGUACAACCUUCCAGCACGGUUUGUGAUUCACACUGUAGGGCCGAAGUACAAUGUCAAGUUUCACACAGCCGCAGAGACUGCCCUCCAUUCAAGCUACUGGCGGGUGCUGCAGAUGCUACCCGAGCAUGGACUUCGGACCCUUGGGCUGUGUCCAAUACAUUCUGUGCGCAGGUCCUAUCCCACUCAAGAAGGAGCCCACUUAGCUCUUCGAACAAUUCGCCGCUUCCUUGAAAGUCACGGGGAAGCAGUGGAGCUUAUUGUACUCGCUGUAGAAGGUGGCGAAGUGGGGACAUAUGAGCAGCUGCUACCACUGUACUUCCCACGCACUACCUUGGAAGAAGAGGCCGCACAGCGACGGCUCCCCAAAGAUAUUGGCGGGCCUCAUGGCGAGCCUAUGCUACCGGAGAGGGGCAUCCGCAUUGUCGACAAGCCCUUUGGAGAUGAAGCAAGUGAAGAGAAGGAGCUGGAUCCAGGGCCCCUAAUGGAGGGUUCGGUGUGUGUUGGCCGCACCGCCUUCGCACGCAUGCAAGCUGAUGUCGACAGGCAAGGUGGACGUGUGCUCUCGGAUCCCAUGACACGGGAAAUCCAACGUGCGCAUAGGUACACCAGACUAUUGCGGAAAGCCCGCCGGGAAGAUCUGCGCACAGUGCGUGAAGCACGUUUCUUUUACGAAGCCGGACGAGAUCGAAGGGGCCGUCCUGUGUUCGUCUUUGUAGGAAGAAGGUUUCGAGGCUUGAACCCAGAACAGGUGCUGCUUCAAAUCCUGCUCACGCUAGACACGGUGACUCAGGCAUUUGUAGCUGUCUACCUUCACACGGUGGCACAAGAACCCCCCGAGUUGGAAGCUCUCCUGAAAGAUGUGCUCGAGCUGUUGGGCUCCAAGCACCGUCAGAACCUACACUGUCUUUACCUUGUGCAUCCGGGGUGGUGGACACGGGUGGCAGCAUGGUGGUUUUGCACAUUCCGUGCCCCUGACCUGAGGCAUCGGUUAUGCCUGGUGUCCAAGCUGGAAGAGCUGUACCACGACAUUGCACCUGACCAGCUGGAUCUGCCACGAUUUGUCCUUGAUCAUGAUUUUAUGAUAAACGGACCACGACGACAAGAAAUUGCAGCAGACAUGGGAUAGUCUUCUUGCCUCGUUUUAAGUGUGGUGUCAUGCCAUUUUGUUAAGGGCUUUUAAUUUUGAAUUUUGUACAGCGCUGAACUCUAAGCUUUUGCCAAAGUGAAAUGUUGCCUCAUCUCACGUGUGGCUGUAAUGGCAUGCGUGUGUGCCUUUUAUUUUAUUUUGUAGGUCAGAGUGAUGUGCUUAGGAUUUAUUUGUCAUUUGUUCUUGCUAGUCUUCAAAUAUUCAGUGGUUUACUGAGUAUGUUUGUUAGGGGGCUGGUAGUUACAGCUAUGGCAGGUGUGGAACAGAGGCUUAUUCCUUUCUUUUUUAUUACCUGUUCAGAUUACUUGUAAGCUGACGGACCAGAUGUUUCACCACAUGAGCAGGACUUUUAAUUUAUGUGUAGAUAUGUCUUGUAUCAAUGUCUGCUGUUUGCAUUAUAAGUUGUAUGCAUUCGGCAGAUGUGGGGGAUAUGAACAUAUUUUUUUCUAUAAGACUUGCAGUGUUCAAUCUGUAAACAUUUUGUAUGUAUAAAGAUUUUCUAUGACAAUU